AUGAGCCGCCAGCCACGUGUGUUUCAAGCUUUUGAGAAGGAAUUUUCGCGCCCGGAGACCAUGGCAGUCCUUUUCGCAAGUGCUGCUGUUGUUGUAUUAGUCUUGUGCCACAUCAACGUGGUCGGAGUGGAAGUCAAGGGCCAUGCCCAAAUACUGGCCACUGCGUUGCAGAAGGUGCCCGCCUUGUUUAUGCCGUUUCGGGAUCCGAGGUUGGAUGAAAAGCUGGAGAAUCUGUCAAUAUCGCUCAAUCUCUGGGCCGCACGAGCGUUCAUUCAUACUCAGAUAUGUAUCUUGGCCACGCUCCUUUUCUAUGCCUGCUUAUUUCCAUCAGCAUGUUCCUUGUCUCGGGUUCUACUCUUCGCCCUUCUGUAUGCCAACAGCCUUGAAAUUAUUUUCAUGGGGUCCCGUCUGUCUGCCUGGAGGAUACGAACGAUGUAUGGUUCAGUGAUGGCGAUGUUCUUCGUUCGCGCUUUGCUCCCAGCUUGGAGCGAUCUGCACAGUGGCUUCGACCAGCUGGACAUGGUGGUUGCGAUAGGUUGUGGAGUGGCUUCGCUAUCUUGCAGGACGGCCAUGCUGCCCUUGGUGAUGAUAUUUGUUGCUGACUCAUGGAGUAAAAGCGUGGGUCAUGGUUGCAGCUUUUUCGACACCUUCGUUGCCAACGGUCAGCGGUGCGCGUGUUCAGCAGCUCUUGUCGUACUAGUCGAACAGCUGGCUCGAGCCAUGAUUGUAUCGGAACUCGACGCGCGGGAGACUCUGGAGGCUUUCCGAGGUAUCGUUCGAUGCUGUAUGGAUGCAGACGUAAUCCUUGACAGCCACUUUCAGAUUCGAGACCGACCAACAGGCUUAGAGUUGCUUCUUCAUCGCCGGGAUGAAAUGUCGGGGAUGUCCUUCCUGGAUUUGCUUCCAGACGACACCGCCACCCACGAGUUCCUCAACCUGGCCCAAAAGAGCAUCGAACAGGCCACCUCUGGCAAGCAAGUCGCCCCAAUGGCUCGCUUGAGCUUGAAAAGGGCUUCUGGUGGCCUGGCUCGAGGGGACAUCUACAUGGCCCAUAUUCCUGACAGGUUUGGGCAGGGAAGUCGCUACCUUCUUGGCUUUGUCGAAGACCCCGAAGCCUCCGACAUGCAGCCCUGCGAUGCGCGCCUCUCCGUGGACCGGGCUGCAGUUGCGAAGUCGGCCCGUCGUUUUCGCUUGGCUUCCUCUGCCUCGGCAUCUUCUUCACAAAGCCAUAAGAAGGACCCUCCGAUUUCACUAACAUCUUCCCGGGAGAUUGUCGACAUCAGCUUAUUCCUGGAUGGGCAGACCGAAUGGUUCGACGUCAAGGAGGCCAGGAUUCGGUUUACACGCUUCGAAGACCAAGGAUCUGGGAUGCCAACUCUCAAGCGCAUGAUGCUUCCGUCGGAGUGGCCAUCAACGUUGCCCAAAUUGCGGGAGGCUGUGUGGAGCGCUCUCGGUACGGAUAUUGGCUUCGUCCCACAGGCCCUUGGUCCUUUGCAUGUUUGCAUGCCAGAGAUCCUGGCAGAGGGAAAUGGGAGAAACUUGUCCCUUCAUGCCAGAAACUCGCAGCUUAGACUCGUCCAGGGGGCCAACAUCAGUCAAGAUGGAUCGGACCUCUCGGUGCAGCCCAUCUAUCUCUGCCUGCAGCUUUACAACUUCGUGCAGCUGGACAGUCGUGGCCGCCCUAUAGAGCUUGGGGCCGUUUCUGAGUUCAGUUCCAUGCAGUCAGAAGCAGCCGAGCAAUGA